AAAACCUGGUUCUUCCCAUGAGAAAUGGCCGUUGUGGCCAGAAGUAUAAACCUGUUGACUACGAACAUCUCUAUGGACUUGCUGCGGCAGAAAAAAUGGCGUCUGCAAAAGCUGAAUUACAGCUUAAAAAAAUGGAGCAGGUUUCCAAAACUAAGAGAGAGCAACUGCUGCUGAAGCAGCACCGGCAGGUGUGGCGGCAGGAGCACGGCAGGCUGAGCGAGAGCAGGCAAAAAGCAGAAGCAGAAAUAAAGAUUUUUCUUGAUGAAGAAAGUCAUAAGCACAACUAUUUCUUGGAUGUGAGGGAUUUGGAGCAUCAGUUAUCAAAGGAGCGGGAUGCAUACCAAACAAAUACUGUGGUUCCUGUCUGGCAGCUAAGAGAGGAUUUGAAAUUCAAGCUGUGUGAAUGGCAGCGGUGCCUCUCGGCAGAGGCUCGUCUGAAUUCUGAGAUCAAUCCAGUCGAGAUGUUACAGCAGAUCACCCUUGUGAAGAAGCAGCAGAAGGCUAUUUUGGAAUCCCUUACCCAUGAAAGUCUGGCUUUGGAAAGAGAGCUUGAAGACUAUAAAACAAAAGCAUUAGCAGAUCCUUCUGAAGAGAAAAAUGGACUUUUCCUUGAAGUUCCUUCAGCACUACUGUCUUUGGAAUGCCCCUACCCUGAGCUGAAGACCGUGGUGAUCACUGAAUACCAGAAGCUUGCAAGUGGGUACUGGGCUAAGCUUCAGGAGGUUGAUGAGCAGUUAAAGAUGCUGCGUAGGAACUCCGGCUGGAAGGAAGAGGACCAGUGGGUUUUUCAGACUGUUGUCAGUCAGUAUCCGAGUGGUCUCCAGAGGCGGCGGACUUUGUACCUCGACGUGCUGCAGAGAUACCUUCCCCACAAAUCUAGGCACGAUCUGGUUGUUCAUGAGAAAGCUCGGGAUCGUUACCGUUCCGUUAGGAAUCAGCGCAGAGUCUUGAUGCUGAAUUGGGCUCAAGCUAGGAAAGCCUUCUUGCUGAAGGCAGAGGCGACUGUUGCGGAAGCCUCCGCUGCUCAUGAGGCAGAAGCAGAGCUGGCUGAUUCCAGACAGAAGCAACAGGAGAUCUGUGCUGAUCUGAAAGCAAAGGUUCUACAGUGGAAAGCACAGCAGGAAGAGGCUGCGGAACUAGAGGCUGCUGCAGCUGCCAGAAGAAGAGAAGAGAGAGAGGAGAAAGAAAGGCUGCAGAAAACCCGGGAAAGGAUCCGCAGAGCUCAGGAGAGACAGAAAGUGAAACAGUACCGGGCUGAGAAACAGCUCAAGUGGCAGGAGCAGGAGGAGAGAGACCUGCAACGUCUGGAGGAAUUAAGAAAAUUAAUGGCUGAGCAAGCAGUUAAAGACAGAGAAAGGUGA